AUGGCUGGAUUGAGCUUCACGCGCUUCCCUAAUGUUGUCCACGCUUUCAAUGAGCUCAACAUCAUGACUUCCGAUUUAGGGCAGCUUGCGGUGUCCUGUUCCAUGGUCAGUGAAACAAUCGUGUGGUUGUUUUUGUUCCUGGGGGCAUACCUCAUAGAACCAAGAUACUUAUUUUAUUGUGUUAUAUCAACCACGGCUUUCCUCUUGCUCACAUUCGGUAUUAUCUGGCCAGUGAUCAUGUUGAUUAUUCAGAAGCUGCCGGAAAGGAAACCCGUGGGCGAGUUUUAUAUCUCGUCCAUCUUAGUUGUAGCUUUGGUAAUGGCAUCUCUGACUGACAUGAUAGGCUCAAUAAACCUCGGAGUUAUAAUGUUCAGGCUAGUGAUACCGAAUGGGCCGCCGCUAGGAGUGACCUUAAGCGAAAAGAUCGAGCUAAUCACCAUGGAGAUCUUGAUGCUGAUGUUCUAUGUUGUUGCCAGGUUCAACGCAGAUAUUCGUUUGGUAGAUUUGAAGGUCUCCGGAGAGAUCCUCCUCAUUAUACUAAUGACUACUUUACUGAAGAUUGUUGGAGCUCUGGUGGCUGCGUUGUGCUGCAAACUAAGGCUUCAACAUUCAAUCUUGCUUGGCCUCAUGUUGAACAUCAAGGGUCCAUACGACGUAUAUCUCCUCAACCGCUGGCUUGUACAGGACAUAGACAGGAAAGCUUAUACAGUGACGGUGUUAUCGCAAGUGGCAAUUGCUGCGGUUGUGACGCCUUUGAUAGACGUUUUCUAUAACCCUCACAAAAGAUUGAGUGGGUCUACAAGAAAAUUAAGAAGAUCUAUGCAGACACACCCAAGCAACGUGGAGUUACGGAUCGUUUGUUGCAUUCACAAUGAAGAUAACGUCCCCGGCAUUAUUUCUCUUCUCGAAGCAUCAAACCCUACAGUCGCUAGUCCAAUCUGUGCCUAUGCCGUCCACCUGAACGAGCUUGCCGGCCGCGCUACACCGUUCAUCCUCCCCUACAACAAGCAGAUGAGAAGAACGAAAUCCAAAAGAUCUUACCACAUAAUGCGUGCUUUCGAGAAUUACUCUACCAACUCGAAUCACUUAGUGAAAGUCAAACCCUACAUGGCGAUUGCAUUGUAUAAGACAAUGCACGAGUACAUCUGUCAACUCGCUCAAGAAGAAGGCGUGCCUCUCAUUGUCCUCCCCUUCCGCGGAAGCCAAGAAACCUCCAACGUCCUGAAGGUCAUUGCCUUGCGGAAUCUAGCUGAAAAGAUACGAGCUUACGCUCCGUGCACGGUUGGACCAUUGGAGGACACAGGCAAGCAGCAUUGCACGAGUAAAUCAACGACAUUUUCUUGUAGGGUCGGUGUAAUAAUCGUCGGUGGGACAGACGACCGCGAGGCCUUGGCAUUGGCUAUUCGCAUGGUUGGACGCCCCAAUGUGAGCGCCACGGUGGUUCGUAUCAUUUUCCAGGAUGUUGGCAAAGAUAUCGACGAAAUCACGGAGAUGAAGCUCAACGGCGGGCUUAUCGAGCCAUUUAGGGCGAAGGUCGGCACCAUAAGAGAAGGGCAGGGAGUGUGUUCCCCGGAGGAAACGAUGUUGAACUGGAGCGAGAAUCCAGAGCUAGGAGUGAUCAGUGAUUUAGUUGCAUCUUCCGAUUUCAGAGGAGAGACGACUUUGGUGUUGGUGAUGCACCAUUACGGGGAUCCUAAGGCUCCCUCCACCAUCAUUCAAUUGAACACGAAGGAGAUUUCCAAGGUGCAAAUUGAAACAUACCAUGCUUGCUUAUGCCGUUUCAUAGUGUAA